AAAAAGCCUACCAUGGUUAGAAGCUUAGUAAUAAAAUCCAGGCAGUCCUUUCCUUUCCUUUUCCCCUCUUACAUGCUCCUUGGUACCCAAGGUUUCAGCCAUGGCGACAAUGCUGAGAUCUAUGCUAACUUUCACACUCUUCACGCUUCUUUUCUCCUACGUUUCUGCAACAACAAUUACACUCUACAACAAGUGCCCUCACCCAGUGUGGCCAGGUAUCCAACCCAGCGCUGGGAAGCCACUUUUAGCUCGCGGUGGCUUUAAACUUCGACCCAACAAGGCCUACUCCAUGCGUCUCCCUCCCCUCUGGUCCGGUCGUUUCUGGGGUCGUCACGGCUGCUCCUUCGACGCAUCCGGACGCGGCCGUUGCGCUACUGGUGACUGCGGCGGAUCCCUCUUCUGUAACGGCCUCGGCGGUGCCCCGCCUGCUACGCUAGCCGAAAUCACCCUCGGCCAGGACCAAGAUUUCUACGACGUGAGCUUGGUGGAUGGCUACAACAUAGCAAUGUCAAUAACCCCAUUCAAAGGCUCAGGCAAAUGUAGCUACGCUGGGUGUGUGAGUGACUUGAACUUAAUGUGCCCCGUUGGUUUACAAGUGAGAUCGAAGGAUAACAAGCGAGUGGUGGCUUGUAAAAGUGCUUGCUUUGCUUUCAACUCGCCGAGGUAUUGCUGCACUGGGACCUUUGGGAACCCCCAGUCAUGCAAGCCAACAGCGUAUUCGAAGAUUUUCAAGGCAGCUUGUCCCAAAGCAUAUUCCUAUGCAUACGAUGAUCCAACCAGCAUUGCUACUUGCACCCGCGGCAACUAUUUGGUCACUUUUUGCCCCCAUCGUCGCUAGAAUUGUUAUUUUAUAUAUACUUAGUAAUAACUAUCAUCAAAGUUAGAUGCUAUAUCUACUACGUAUAUUUAAUAUCUUCGUAUACUAUAUGUCGCUUUCUAUGUAGUAGUGGGACUUUAUUAAUUAGAAACAUUAUAUUAUAUAUGGCGAAUUUUUGUUA